CCAGGGCAGACAAUGCAUGGAGGAAAGCCAGAGCCUAAAUUAUUUAAAAUAUUUUACCUGUUGUAACCAUUCUCAUACAUCCUAUCUAAAUUUCCUGGGAAGAGAGCUGCCUGAAGCCAAAAGCGGGACUGGGAAAUGAGCCCAUCAGGAGGCAGCGCAGUCUUGUGGCACCCUGGGAUAAAUAUGAUUUCUGUUCUAAUGGAGAAAAUAACACGUUCCAGAGUGAAACCAAUUGCAGUGUUCCCACUGAACUCACCAGGGUCUAAUUCUGAGGACACUGAUCUCAUUAAGUGGAGCCUGAGAAAACCCUAACAAAUCCGGAGUUUGGCUGUCUUUUGUUUGGAGCUUUCUCUACGAUCAUCAUCUGAUCAUCUAAACGACAAUUGUUAUUAACUGCACUUUUCACCAACGCCUCCAAACUUGUUCUGAAGGGAUGCUCAACAGAGCCCAUCCAGAACAUUUCUUCCCAGUCCUAUAAAAGGAUUGUAUCCAAAGCCAAGAACAGUUUCGAUGAAUUUGAGUUGUUCUAGGCCACGGUUAGUGAGACGUUUCUGGGUUCCUACGAGCAGCAGCCGGGUGCUUUACAAUGAAGACAGAAAGGGCUCACCUUACCUGGCCGCCCCGCGAAUCCAGGGAUCACUCGCAAUCCUGCAGGCUGCCAACCUCUCACCAGCACCAUCUUUGUAAAGGGAGCAAAGGGGGAAACUGUGCCUUUUGGCCAGUGAACCUGUACUGAUUUUAAAACGGGAAGGGACGAGGAGCCCCCUGCUCGCUGCCCCAGCGCACCCGCUGGCUUCUCAGCUCACGCGGGGCUCGCCUGGCGCUGGCAGCAUGGCCGGCGCCCAGCACUCGCUCAGAUGCUUUCAGAGUUUGGGAUUUCACAUCAGAGCCUUUGGUUUGGCAGCUGCAGCCACAGCAGCCGGUGAUAAAGCCUGGAACCGACCCCGAACUUCUCAGAAUCUCUCAGCUCCUGGGGCCUCGCGCCCGGCUCCUCUCUCCACUGCUACAGGGAGCACGCAUGCGGCCGCAGGUGCAGAGCGAGACCACGCCUCGGGGAGAUGCGCGAUACGGGGCGGAGCUGGCCGGCAGCCGGUUUUGUGAACCAGAUAAGCACCGAAACAGCUCCCUGGGCACAUCAGCAAAGAGCUGGGGAAACUCGUGUGUGAUAAAGCGCGGCUCGCUAGGCGCUGUUCCAGAAAACGUGACUCCUGAAACAAGAUCAGUGAUCCUGCAGAAAGGGCAGUGGGGAAAAGUUUAAAAUAAUAAGUGGCCGGGCCCUGCGCUUUGACCCCGUGCUCAGCUGCUGGCCCCGUGACUUCACCCCUCCAGCUGCAGCACAGCACGGACCGCGGGUCGGCUGGAGAGGGGCCCGUCGUGAACUGCUUGCUGCCAGAAAGAAUUUAGGCCUCGGAUGACAGAGAACGCUUCUUCCUUCACGGCUGUUUUCCUCCCCUAGGAAAUCUCGGUGUUCUAAUAGCGACCCCAAAGGGACGCAUCUGAAAGAAAGGGAUGAAGCCUGUGAGCUAACCAAAGUCGGUCGAAAUGGCUGGGCAUGUUUUCAACAACAGCAACGAAGUCUUUAUUUCCAAGCCUGGGCACCAGCCGCCGGCAGAGGCUGAGGCAUGGCCGAGGGGGAGAUAACCACGUUCACCGCCCUGACCGAGAAGUUCAACCUGCCCCUGGGGAACUACAAGAAGCCCAAGCUCCUGUACUGCAGCAACGGGGGCCACUUCCUACGGAUCCUUCCCGACGGCAAGGUGGACGGGACGCGGGACCGAAGCGACCAGCACAUUCAGCUCCAGCUAAGCGCGGAAAGCGUGGGUGAGGUUUAUAUAAAGAGCACCAAGUCUGGGCAGUACCUGGCAAUGGACACCAACGGGCUCUUGUACGGCUCGCAGCUACUGGGCGAAGAGUGCCUGUUCCUCGAGCGGAUCGAGGAGAACCAUUACAACACGUACGUCUCCAAGAAGCACGCCGAUAAGAACUGGUUCGUCGGUCUGAAGAAGAACGGGAACAGCAAGCUGGGGCCACGGACUCACUACGGGCAGAAGGCGAUCCUCUUCCUCCCGCUGCCUGUGUCGGCCGACUGAGCCCCCACCCCGACCCCGACCCGAGCCCCCCGUGCCGCCCUCCCUCUCGCUGCCCCUCUUUGGCUGGUCUGGCAGAGCCAACCAAGCGUUAGCGCUCCGAGCUUUAGGUAAAGGCUUUAACAAAACCAAACCAGAGCUACCCAGCCCCGCACGACGCUUCGCAGAGGUGGUGGAGAACCCCAGCACCUUGGCCUCACCACGCUGCCUGGGGUCAUGCUGGGGGGCUGAGGAUGCCCCAGGACAGCUGGGCACAGGGGACGUGCACCUUCCCAGCCCGGCUGCCCCCCUGACCCAGCACCUCCCUGGGCACUGUGUUAAUGUAUUUAUCCAUCUCAGCACAUCGCUGCUAGUACGCCCUCCGAGCCAUUCCAAACUGCACCGUUAUUCAUGCCAUCGAGUCAACGCCUGGUGAGACGCUUGCAGAUAGCCUCGUCGUGCUAAGCUAAACUAACAGCAGCCAAAAGCUCUGAGUCCUCGACAUCUUAGCCUUCCUUCCAACACGAAUACCGCUAUAUUUCAUGCUAAUAUCAACCAUAUGUUAUUUGUAUUUAUUUAUUAAGUAAAUCUGUCUCUUACACAACCUGUCCCGAAGUGCUUGUAGGCACCAACACGCCGAUGUUAUCCUGGAGAGGACAGAGCAGAGCGGGAGUGAUCAAAACCUGAUGUCGGGGCUCUGUGGAAAAGGCACCGGGGCCCCUUGGUGAGUCUGGGGUUCGACCAUGGCAUGAUGCAGCCCGUGUUCCCCAGCACACCACACCUGAGGCCCACACACAGACGUGGCCGGGCACUGAACGGACUGAACUGAGUAUGGACAAGGGCAGGGAGCUGCAGGGAGCCCCACGUGUCGCAGCAAAGCAGCCAUGUCACAACGCUCUGCCAGGCAGGCCGCUGGCACCGCGGCAGGGCAACGCACUGGGGCCCAAGUUAAGGCCAGUCCUCCCCGUCAUAGAUGGAAUUUUCAAGCUGUAAAUAAAAUGUGCUGGUACAGCGGCAGAAUAAUAAAGUUUGAUAUGAAAUAUUGGAA